UCCAUGCACCACUUACUCCAACACUGACCAACUCCAUCGCCACCAACUCCUACUCCGUCACCGCCAUGACGGCGGAUCAUUUCUUCCGGCGGGGGCUGCGUCCUCUGCUUGUCUUUCUAUUCUUUUUCAGCCUGACUUCUUUCUCCAAAUCCGACGAGCUCCAGCCCCUUCUAGAAUUCAAGUCGGCUCUACAAAAAUCAAACCCCAAUGUUUUCAGUUCGUGGACGCCAGGUAACUCAACAUGCAGCUUCAGCGGAAUUGUAUGCAACUCCAACGGGUUUGUCACAGAAAUCAAUCUCCCCCAACAAAAUCUAUCUGGGGUUCUUCCAUUUGAUUCAAUAUGCAAGCUUCAGGUGCUAGAGAAACUCUCUCUGGGCUUCAAUUUUUUGCAUGGUGGCAUCUCUGAGGACUUGAAGAAUUGCACUAGUUUGCAACAGUUAGAUUUGGGUAUGAAUUCAUUUUCUGGGGAAGUGCCUGAUUUGUCUUCUUUAGGCAAAUUGAAGUUAUUGAGUUUAAACACCAGUGGGUUUUCUGGGCAAUUUCCAUGGAGAUCGUUGGAAAAUCUUACGAGUCUCACUUUCUUAAGCCUCGGCGACAUUGUCUUUGAAGAAAGUCCUUUCCCUGUGGAGGUCUUAAAGCUUGAGAAAUUGUACUGGCUUUACCUAUCAAACUGUAGCCUCGGAGGUCGAAUUCCAGAGGGUCUAGGAAACCUUACUCUGCUCGAAAAUCUUGAGCUUUCCUGCAACCAAUUUUCCGGUGAAAUCCCCGGUGAUAUUGUAAAACUCAAGAAUCUUUGGCAACUCGAGCUUUUCAAUAACUUCUUGACCGGAACACUGCCGGUGGGAUUUGGAAAUCUUACGAGUCUUGUAAAUUUUGAUGCGUCUGGUAAUAGCCUCCAAGGAAAUAUAUCUGAGAUGAGACUCUUGAAGAACAUUGCCUCUCUACAGCUCUAUGAUAAUCAGUUCACAGGGGAGAUUCCUGAAGAGCUUGGGGAGUUCAAUAAGCUUGUAAGCUUCUCAAUCUUCGGGAACAAGUUUACGGGUCCUCUUCCUCAAAAGCUUGGCUCCGGCGCCAACUUUGUUUUCAUUGAUGCUUCAGAUAAUUUUUUGACAGGUCCUAUACCGCCAGACAUGUGCAAGAAUGGCAAAAUGACUUACCUGCUUCUGAUUCAGAACGGGUUCACCGGUGGAAUCCCUGAAAACUACGCGAAUUGCUCGUCUUUGCGAAGGCUACGAGUAAGUAACAAUUCCCUUUCCGGUCUUGUUCCGGCGGGGAUAUGGAGGUUGUCGAACUUAUCCGCAAUUGAUCUUGCUAUGAAUAAUUUUGAAGGUACCGUCCCAAAAACUUGGGCAAUGGGAAGCAGUUUGCUGAUGAUUGCCUUAAGUGAAAACCAAUUUCAAGGUCAGCUACCAAGAUCAAUGGCCAACUGUACGAUGCUAAAGUAUCUUGAUAUUGGAAACUUCAGUUCUCGUUUGUCGGUGCUUCAACUACAAAGCAACAACUUCCAUGGCACCAUCCCAAAAACUUGGGCAAAGGGAAGCAACUUAAGGAUGAUUGACUUAAGUGAAAACCAAUUCCAAGGUGAGCUACCAAGAUCUAUGGCCAAUUGUAUGAAGCUUGAAUAUCUUAAUGUUGGUAACAAUCAGAUCAAUGAUACCUUUCCCUUUUGGUUGGGAGCUCUUUCUCAGUUGAAGGUUCUCGUUGUCCGUUCUAAUGUAUUCCAAGGUGCAAUAAAGAGUCCUCAAAUCAAUUAUACAUUUCCUGAGUUGCAUAUCAUUGAUCUCUCUCAAAAUAAUUUCUCUGGAAUUUUGCCUACAAAGUAUUUCCAACAUUGGAAUGCCAUGAAAGUUGUUGGUGCGAAGAAAUUGAAAUACAUGGGGUUGGAUCUUGUCCCAUUCACAAUCACACUUGCAAACAAAGGCACAAUGCUGAAGUAUGAAAAAAUCCCAGAUGUGUUUCGGGUCAUUGAUUUCUCAAGCAAUAGAUUUGAAGGACAAAUUCCAGAACUUGUGGGGAGUCUUAAAGGACUUCAUUCGCUAAAUCUUUCUAAUAAUGUUCUUACUAGUCAUAUCCCACCAUCUUUAAGUAACUUGACAAAUCUAGAAUCAAUGGACCUUUCUCAAAAUAAGUUAUUUGGAGAGAUACCUGUACAGCUAGCCCAACUCUUUUCUCUUGAAUACUUUAAUGUCUCCAACAACUGUCUCACAGGACCUAUACCACGUGGAAAUCAACUUGACACAUUUCAAAAUAAUUCGUUUGGAGGUAAUUUAGGAUUGUGUGGAAGCCCACUAUCAAAGAAAUGUGGAGAUUUCAAGUACACUCCAACUCCACCUUAUCCCUUUGAAGAGAAUCAAAGCUUAAAGUCUCCAUUUGAGUUUGGGUGGAAAGUAGUAGCCAUAGGGUAUGGAUGUCGAUUUGUGAUUGGAGUUGUUAUUGGGCAAAUUGUUAUUGCAAGGAAGUAUGGUUGGUUUGUUAAGAUUUUUGGAAAGAUGUAGCAAAUUGAAAGAAUGGGGAAUUGGAGAAGGCCAUAAAUUUGAAUUUAGUUAAAUAAAAUGUUUUAGGGAAGUAUAAAUGUCUAUGUUUCUAGCAUUAUUAUAGGCUGCUUGAUUGCUUGAUGGAAUUGUAAGCG